AUGUCCCCCAACGAGUAUACAUUCACCGACGCCCUAUCCGCCCUAAAAUCCGGCUCCUCCCUCGCCCAAACAACAACAACCCUUCUCUCCCAACUAACCCACCAAGAACGCCUCUCCCUCCUAGACGGCGACACCCCCUUCUGGGAAGGCCAACGCUCCAUCCUCCUAAACCGGUACAACCCAACGCCCUACACCCACGGCUGCAUCCCACGUCUCCGCAUCCCAGGAAUAAAAUUCACAGACGGCCCGCGGGGAAUCGUAAUGGGGAAGUCGACCGCAUUCCCCGUCUCCAUAGCGCGCGGGGCAACAUUCGACACAUCGCUCGAACACCGAGUCGGAAACGCAAUUGGGCUCGAGGCAACGGCGCAGGGUGCGAAUUUCUAUGCGGGAGUUUGCAUCAAUCUCCCCCGCCAUCCGGCUUGGGGCAGGAUUCAGGAGACGUAUGGCGAGGAUCCUGUGCUGCUGGGUGCGUUUGGGGUGGCGCUUGCGCGUGGUGUGCAGGGGCAUGUUAUGGCUUGUGUGAAGCAUUUUGCGUUGAAUUCGAUGGAGAAUGCGAGGUUUCGGGUUGAUGUGAGGGUUGAGGAGGAUGUGCUGCGUGAGGUGUAUCUGGAGCAUUUUCGGCGGGUGGUGCGGGAGGCUGGUGUUGCUGGGGUUAUGUCUGCUUAUAAUUCUGUGAACGGGGAGUGGGCUGGGCAGAAUGGGCAUCUUCUGAAUGAGAUAUUAAGGGAGGAGUGGAGGUUUGACGGGUUGGUCAUGUCGGACUUUGUGUUUGGGUUGAGGGAUGCGGCGCUGUCUGUGAGGAAUGGACUUGAUAUUGAGGCGCCGUUUACACAACAACGGGGGAUGCAUCUUGGGGAGGCGUUGGAGAAAGGGCAGCUUUCGUGGGAUGAUGUGGACAGGUCGUGCGAGAGGGUAUUGAGGAAGCAGCUUGAAUUCGCAGUUCGCAAGGAGCACAGCCAGCCUGGACGGGAUGUUGUCUUCUGCGACGAGCACAGGGCCCUGGCGCGAGAGGUAGCGGCACGAUCGAUGGUGUUGUUGAAGAACGACCCCGUCAAUGGGAAGCCCCUUCUUCCUCUCCAGACUGGCAGCCUGAAACGAGUUGCUGUUGUCGGUCGUCUCGCCAAUAUAGCGAACACCGGCGACAAGGGCUCUUCGCAAGUCUACCCUCCUAGCGUGGUGACACCGCUAGAAGGGAUUCGUGCAGCUCUACCAGACGUCGAGGUUCUAUUCGCAGAUACACGAGACGAAGCAGAGAAGCUAGCCUGCCGGGUCGACACCGUGAUAUGCGUUGUCGGAUACACCUACGAAGACGAAGGCGAAUACAUAACUCCCCCACUGGAAGACAACCAAGCCCUCAGGAACUGCCUUCCUCCCACUAAAACAGAAGAAGAGCGGGAGACACUGGCCAUGCUCGAAGGAAAGAUAGAUUCCGGCGGUGAUAUGCAGCCUGGAAUCGGCGGUGAUCGAACUUCGUUGCGUCUUCGUGAAGAAGACGAGGAGCUUAUCGCUGCGGUGGCCGCAAAGAAUAGCAGUACUGUGGUCUCGAUAGUCACGGCUGGAGCCGUUAUUAUGGAGAAUUGGAAGACCAAAGUACCUACAAUACUGAUGAGCUGGUACAGCGGGUCAGAAGGAGGCCAUGGUCUCGCUGAUGUUCUACUAGCAAAGGUAGACGCGAGCGGACGACUCCCGUUUUCAAUUCCUACAGACGAGGCACAUCUACCGUUCUUCGAUAGAGAUGCUGCUGAGAUCGAGUAUACUCGGUGGUUUGGUCAACACCUACUCGAUAAACUCGGCGUGAAAGCAGCAUUCCCUUUCGGGUUUGGUCUUUCAUAUACAACGUGGGAAGUGAAGGAUGCCGCUGCAGAUAAAUUGGACAAGGACAAUAUCGAAGUUAGGUUUACAGUCAAAAACACUGGAGAACGAGAAGGACGGUUCAUUGCGCAGGUAUAUGGGCUGCCAGGGGUGAAAGACUUCCCGACUCGGGUUCUACUGGGCUUUGUGCCUGUGGACUUGCAGGCAGAACAAGAGAAGAAGGUCCAGGUAUCAGCCUCGAUUCGGCCAGUGCAGAAAUGGGAUAAUGGCAGUUUCAGUCUGCGGACCCAACGGCUGAAGAUCGAGGUCGCAGGGUUCGCAGGAGAUCGAAAGUGCGCUGCAACCGAGAUAUCGUUAUAG